ACGUCGACGUCUUCAAAGUUCUUCAGAACCGAAAUGAACGCAAGUGUCACCGAAUCGUACAGAUGUCCACAAAUAUGACUGAAUUCAGUGAACUCUGCGAAGACGAUAAGAUAGCACUCCUGAAGAAGGGCUGCACAGAGAUUAUAUGUCUGCUAACUGUUGUCACUUUUGACUUCGAGGGCGAGUUCUGGACGGUUCCCAUAGAUGAUGAAAACGCGGCACAGGUAUCACUGGAUGUGCUGAAGUGGGGCAAAUGGAACCUCUAUGACCUGCACCGGCAGUUCAUGUUUAAUGUCUAUCAAGAAUAUAACUCCGAUAUGAAUAUUAUUGAUUUGUUGACAGCUAUUUUGCUGUUUAAUCCAAACCAAUCAAAUCUGAUCCAUAAAGAUAUGAUAAAGUGA